UAUAUUCAAUAUGGCUGCAAGUUUAUUGUUUUGGAAAGUUUGCAAAUGAAAAAUCCUGGUUUUGUUUGAAAUACUUUACUGUUUGUAUAUUACAGCGAUGGACGAAGACACGUAUAUGCCGGCGCUUCCUCCAGGAUACAAACAAAGGAAGACCAGUUAUUCUUCAAGUGAUGGUGAAGAUGUUGCAGGACCAAGCUUGCCGUCUCAUAUGAGGAAACGAAAACAUACUGACUCUGAUGAUGAGAGAGAACAAAACUCAACUACAGGACCAGCACUGCCCCCACACUUAAAAAUAAGGAAAGAAACUGGCAUUUCUGGACCAGCUGAUCAAAAAGAAACUGAAAUAAUAGGCCCAGUUCUUCCUCCUCACCUUCUGAAAUUAAAACAUUCAGAAGAUGUCGACAUUAGUCCAGUCAGGGAUAGCAGCAAUGAUGAAGAGGAGAGAGAUGACAUAGGCCCAGCUCUUCCUCCAGGUUAUAAGAGUAGAAGUGACUCCAAUCUUGAUGAUCAAGCAUCCAUUGGUCCCAUGUUGCCACCUGGUUUUAAGAAACAGACAGUUGAUGUUUGUGACGAGGAGGACUGGUUUGGUCCAUCCUUGCCCCCGGGGUUUAAACCUGUUCAACAGCCAGAAGGUGGGUUUGAAGAGGAUGUGAUCGGACCUCUGCCUUCUGAAAUGAUGACAGGUGAUUUGAGUGCAGCUGCAGCAGCCGAAAUUGAGCAGAGAGCGAAGAAGAUGAAAGAGAAGCUCACAGAUGAUCCCGGGAAGGAUGCUCCGAAGCAGAGAGAAGCCUGGAUGACUGAGCUCCCAACGGCAAUGAAAAAGAAUUUUGGUUUAACAGCUCGGACUUUCAGGACUCGAGUUAUUCCUGAGAAAGACAAGGAUGCAUCUGUGUGGACAGACACUCCAGCUGACAAGGCAAGGAAAGAAAAGGAAGCAAGAGAGAAGUAUGAGAGAAGAGGAUCAUCUCGAGAAGUAUGCGAGCCAUCAUCAUCAUCAUCAUCAUCAUCAUCCAGCAAAGACAAGGCUCAUGCCAAGGCUGUCCACAAGCACAACAAGUCCAAAAGGCAGGAGUCACUGCUAGAGAUUCACCAGAAAGACUUGAAAAAGAAAAAGAAGAAAGACAAGAAUAAGGACAAGCCAAAGGAGAGACGACCUUUUGACCGGGACAAUGACCUCCAGGUCAACAGAUUCGAUAAUGCACAGAGAAAUUCAAUCAUAAAAAAAUCUCAGCAGCUGAACACUCGAUUCUCCCAUGGGGGCUCCACAUCAUCCUUCCUCUGAGGAGACGAGUGACUACAUCCUUGGUAUCCACAGGGUUCAGGAGAAGGACUCACGAAACAUCAAUAUAAAUGUGUGUGAUAAUUAAGAAUUGGCUUAACAAUCGUCAAUAUAAAACAUGUGAUAAUUAAUUUACACAUCCGACAGCAUUAAUGACGUAAUAGAGGCAUCAUUGGUUAUGAAAUGUUCACAAUAGAUGAUGUUGGGGUUCUGACAUCACAAUAGAUGAUGGUGGUGUUCUGACGUCACAAUAGAUGAUGUUGGUGUUCUGACGUCACGGUGAUGGUGGUGUUCUGACGUCACAAUAGAUGAUGGUGGUGUUCUGACGUCACGAUGAUGGUGGUGUUCUGACGUCACAAUAGAUGAUGGUGGUGUUCUGACGUCACAAUAGAUGAUGGCGGUGUUCUGACGUCACAAUAGAUGAUGAUGGUGUUCUGACGUCACAAUAGAUGAUGGUGGUGUUCUGACGUCACAAUAGAUGAUGGUGGUGUUCUGACGUCACAAUAGAUGAUGACAGUGUUCUGACGUCACAAUAGAUGUUGGUGGUGUUCUGACGUCACAAUAGAUGAUGGUGGUGUUCUGACGUCACAAUAGAUGAUGGCGGUGUUCUGACGUCACAAUAGAUGAUGGUGGUGUUCUGACGUCACAAUAGAUGAUGGUGGUGUUCUGACGUCACAAUAGAUGAUGACAGUGUUCUGACGUCACAAUAGAUGAUGGUGGUGUUCUGACGUCACAAUAGAUGAUGGUGGUGUUCUGACGUCACAAUAGAUGAUGACAGUGUUCUGACGUCACAAUAGAUGAUGGUGGUGUUCUGACGUCACAAUAGAUGAUGAAGUCACAGUCUGUCAUUACUGAUGUCAUGUUGACAGUUUGCUUCUGGGUACAGUUUUGUGUAAAGGAAAUGUUACUUUGUAACUAAUGUUAUGUUUGUCGAUGUGCAUUUUUAUGACUUAAGUGGUGGGUGUAUCAGACUGAGUUUACAAAAAAGAAAUUCACUACUUCACUCAAUUUAUACAGGAAGUCAAAACUUUAUUAUACGAGUUUUAUAAAAUGAGCAUGACAUUCACAACCUAGAAGUCUGUCUAUAUUUUCUGUAAAUAAAGAAAUGUUUCUCGCA